UGCGGUUUCGCGGUAGUGCGUGUAUUUCUAACGAACGCGUGUGUAUAUCGUUGCGUGAUGGACGUACAUCUUUCCGGAUCGUGUGCGAGCAAUCGAUCGAUACGCCCUUUUCACGAGAUCGCUGAGUGAACCGUUGCAAUCGAUUGAGAUCGCGGAAUUGCCGGCGAACUUUUUGGAGCACCUGUCGAUCACGGUUGCGUUCCCUCGUAGCUUUAUCUCGUUGGGAUUCGUGGAACUGAGUGUCGAAGCGUUUUCGAGUUAGUUGGAUUAUUUUGGUUGGAGUGUCUUUUAGCGAGAUGUAGUGGAGAAUUCGAAAGUGCUUUUAUCAAUUGAAAUUUCGUGUGACUGUAGAGACGAAAGCUCAGAUUUGCUACAUUUUAUUAUUCCAAACGUUUAUAAGCUUAGUUUCUGAAAUUCAACAAGGUGGAAGGUUGAUGAGCGGUGUGCUAUUAAUGACAAAUAUUAUGAGAAAAUGAACAUUAUACGGUAUAAAAUAUUAUGACGGAAUUGUGGUGAUAUGUGGAAAUAAACGUGAUAAGUUUCGUCAACAAGACAGCGUGCUAGUGACGUCGUGUCAGUGUAAAGUGCGUAGAGCAGCUAAUUUGCAUCCCGUUUCGUUUCUAGAAUUGUUGAAUGACGAGAACACGUCAUCUUUUCAGACCUCAAGAUAUUUUCGAAACGGUGCUGCUAAUAAAACUACCAAGUGCAUUCGUAAUUCCUGUAACUCGGUUUGCGGACUUCGACGACUGGAGGAUGGAACGGGUAUCAUUGUACAUCUAUUCAUAAGGUGGUGACGAACAGACUUGUGAGAACAGCGAGGAUACUUCCUGUAAAAUUCACUGAGAGAACCCAGCGAAGCACGAAAGUGGCGACGUUCUUGAGUUUUAAGAUAGACCGGGUCUGGAAGACAACACCGAUUUAUUUACAUGCGGUGAAUGCAAGCGCACCUCUCGUGGCACAUGAAAGAUACAAGUAAAUUACAGGUUCGACUUCGGUUGUGCUAAUCGGCUUUCCAACGUGCGGAAAGUCCAAUUCUCUAUAGAGAGAGACCGCUCACGAGACAGCUCGACGGUGCAUUAAAACGGCGCGGAAAUUUGUCGAGGACGAAGAGAUAAAGUAAGGAAAAAGCUUCGCUAAAACAUUCAGUGAGCACGAACUAGCGCCCACGGACGUGCAUCGGACUUGCUUAUUACGGAAAUCCAGUUUGUUGAAAUGAGGCUUUGAAGUUUCCAUCGCUUGUCGACGAACUGUGCUCCACCUUCUUUCGCUGCCGUUCGUUUUUUGCACUCGAAGCCGACGGAAAGAUGGGAGAGCGGAAAACUGAGCGGCUUCGCAUUCAGACGCCAGGACGAUCCUGCUAUGGAAAAAUGACGGAAGUGCCCGCGCUAUGUACGAUCGAGCGUCCCUUUGCUGUCAGAAAAUUCUCCCAGGACAUCAUUCAGCUGAGCGAUUUCGACCGCGCCUCAUAAUAAGAAAGCGACAGUGACGAAAAUCAUAGUGACAUCUGGUCGAAUGACGUUGGGGUUGAAUUUGAGUGGUAGUCGAAAAAACGUGAAGAGAGAUCCGUCCCUUAGAUUAUAGCUCGCACGAAACUCCAGUCAUGCGGCUGUGGCGAUUGAGUCUACGAGAUUCGAGGAUACGUGUACGAAGAAAACCCUAUUAUAAAUCUCCGUUCCUGCCGAGAAUCUUUGUUAUCGUGAAAUAUGAUAAUCCGAGAUAAUUCUAUGCGCAAUCGUAACGAACGAAUGUAAGCAAACAGUGAACGAAUUAGCGAUCGCACUCGAACAUAUAACAGAGUGUAAAAUCUUUGACACUCUGUCAUAUGCGUCAAAGUCUGAAAGCCGAUGAAUCUUUCGUCUUCGGCUGUUAACUCCAUCAUCACCAGAAAUAAGUGGUAGAUGGCAAAUGCGCGCGUACGACGACAUAUCCGGCGAUAAACGCGAAACUGACGGCGACAGGACUCGGUGACUUUGUAGAUAGGACAAACAAGAGAGGAUGGAGAAGGACAACGUUAGACAUUAUAGAGCUUACGAGGGCUUCAAGCCGGCGAAUAACGGCAACACCUCAUCUCUAAAGAGAUCGACGUCGGAUCGUUCGAAGACGCACCCAUCUCGCCAAGUGAGAUGCUUGUGCUUCGGCGGUGUACCUGACAAAGCCAGUCAGCAUUCUUUCUUGAAGGGGUUCAUCAUAAAUAUCGGAAUAUGCUCCCUUCUUGUGGCUUACACCCUAUUGGGCAGUUUCAUCUUUCUGGCUAUCGAGAGUGGGACCAUUGACGGUGUUGGCUUGCAACAGAGGACUCUGGCCACGACGAUAGCUGGAAAUCAGCAUACCAGGAGGAACACCAGCGCUUGGAUAAAACAGCUGAAUCACGAGGCCCGGACGAAGACCGUGGAGAACAUAUGGAUAAUCACGGAGCAUUUGAACGUUCUCUACCGUGAGAACUGGACGAAAUUGGCCGACCAGGAGAUCGCACGAUUUCAAGAGCAACUAGUGAAAAGGAUCACGGAGGACAUGAUGGCGACCCAGAAUGCCGGGACAUACACCGGGAGUUCUACCAGCGAAACUGUAACGGAACGCCGUGUGCCGGAAUACGAAUGGAACUUUGCAAAGGCGUUUCUCUAUUCUCUGACAGUGCUCACCACAAUCGGUUGCGGAAGUAUCGCGCCGAAAUCUACUUGGGGCAAAGUUGCUACAAUGGGUUACGCCAGUCUUGGGAUACCCUUGACCUUGGUUUACCUAUCUAGUGCGGGAGGUCUCUUGUCGAGAUGCGCCAGGGGCGUUUUUACACGAGCUCUUUGUUGCUGCCUCUGCUCGAAUUGCGGCUAUUGUUGUUAUGACGAGAGGCGGAUGCAGGUUAGCGAGUAUCGGAUGAGAAAGAAGCGACAGCAGGAGGAACUGGCGCAGCAGCAGCAGCAACAGUUACAGCUGCAGGAGCCCUUUUACGUUCGCGCGAAUGCAUCAACGUUCACUAGCACCGUGGAAAUUAAAGCCAGCCCGAAAGACGAAGUUUCGAGUCUAGGCUCCGGCGAUAGACCAAACGUUACCAUACUCGCACCAAUCAGUAUCUGCCUCGGCGCGAUGUUGUGUUACAUCAUUGCCGGAGCAUUCACUCUGCAUAAAUUGGACGGUUGGUCAUUCAUAGAUGCAAGCUAUUUCUGCUUCAUGAGCCUGAGCACUAUCGGCUUCGGCGACAUGGUACCCGGUUCUUAUCCUCGCCACACCCUCGCCGACUCGAGAAACGUGACAGUCUGGUUUUGCUCCUGCUAUAUAAUGUCAGGAAUGGCCCUGACGGCGAUGUGCUUCAACAUCCUCCACGACGAAAUUGUCCAUCGGCUGAGUCACCAAACAGACAAGCCGGAGCCAGUGAAGCCGAGCUCGUCCGUAGACGAGCUGUCGACGGAUCCGUUCGCUCUGACCUCGUGACAAUUUCCGUCGGGCAAUC